AUGAUUGUGCGACUGGCGGUGGUGAUGGCGUUAUGGGCCGUGCUGGGCGAUUCAGUGAAGGCCGUACAAGAGCUGGUGGGCUACCAGGAGGGAUCCCUGAGGACGGUGAAGUGCAAAAGCGGUGGUUAUUUCACGGGGAUCGAGGCAUCCUUCGUCACGCUUGGUGGCUUCCGCGAGAAGGUGGCUGUUGGCCUGCGGCUACGCUGCAGCACGGGUGCGCUUCAACUGCAGUACACCGGUGAGGUUCCUGACAGUCACGAGUUUGGGGCCAACUUUGCAACGGGCAAGGUGUUGCAGGCGCUUUGUCCUCCUGGCAAGGGCAUCGCCCGAGUUCAGUGGCGGCGCGGCGAGCUUGCCGGCAAGGACGACCAGGCCUGGAGGCCCAGCGGCAUGCAGCUCUAUUGCGGCACCGAGACCAUGAACCCCAUCACAAUUGACACAGAGACCGGCAAGACCUACACUCUGAGCGACGUGCAGUGCAGCAAGACCGCCACCCCACCGCAGUCCGCGGACGAGCGGAGAGCAGUUGAGUUGCAAGUGUGGGAGGAAAUCGAUUGGGUAGGGCUGCGAUUCGUGGCGUGCGAAACCGCCACGCCACGUUCGUAA